AUGAGUACAGAGAUCUCAGCUACUGGUCUCGUUUCAAUCGAACUUCGUCAAAGUGUUCUUGAUCGACUCGCUACUCACAGUCACUCGGUAUGCCAUUUCUUGGCUAGGGAAGUCAUCUUCGAUCGAGGGCCAUUGGACGAAUUCCCAGCUGAUACUCAAAUGUUACGAUUGAGGCAUACAUUACAAACACCAGAUUUUAGUCAACCAAAAGAAACUGGUACAGGAUGGACUUUGAUCUCACUCGGUCGACCUGAACCCGAAAGACUCUCACCUGAGUUCUUGAUUCGACCCAUAUACACAGGUCCAGUUCUUGAAGGCGAACCAUUCGAACGCAAAUUUGAAUACUAUCGACGAGGAUUAGUCUUUACUCGAGGUCCUGUGUUAACGGAAAUCUAUCAAGUUCACUCGACACCAACAGAUCCACCUAUUGAAUGGCGAGAUACAUAUCUCAUCUCAGUUACGGUCAUCAUCCCACCGGCAAACACCACUGGUCGAUCUAUACAAGAAUUGAGAGAAGAAGCGUCUGAACGUAUUCGUGGGAUUCAAGGUUAUUUGAAAGGCUUAGUCGACCUGGGGAGAGUGGAGCCUUUCUGA